AUGGUUUUUAACUUCUUCUUUCAAUUAUGUCUAAUUUUAUCAUGCGCUUUUGCCUUAUCAAAUGGCUCAAUUCUUCAUGAUAAUGAUAUUUAUGAAACUAUUACCAUAAAUGUAAUUAACAAUCAAACCAAUCAAUGUCGAAGUCCAAUGACUUUACAACAAAUAAUGAGCUUAGUAAAACAGUAUCCAUGUACAAUAACUGAGAAAGAAAAUAAUAAUCGACGAAUGAAACGUAAAGUUGAUGCUGAUAGUGCGGAUAUAUAUGCAUUACAAGCAAUACUCAAUGAUCACCUUGUCAUGAUUAAUUAUUUAAUUGAUAAUUCCAUCAAUACAUCAUUCGUUGCAGAUGCGAUCAAUAAUUAUUAUUCAAAAACUGGUCCAAUAUUAAUAAGUUGGCGUGAUCAAAUUGAUUUACUUUUUAUUGCUAUAUGCAUUGGAUUUAUUAUUUAUCUAUUGGUGAAAUGUUUAAUUCAUUAUGUCUAUGAACAACAACAGCAAGAAUUAAUGAAAACACAAUCAAUUCACCGAAAGAAACAACAUUUGCCAUCGAUAGCAUCAAUAAUCUGA